CCACCACCACCACCACAGCAUAUAUACAGUUCCAUCUCUCCUUGUAUUUAUAUGCACAAAGCCCCCUCAAAUCCCCUCCACCACUUCAACAUUCCCAAGUCCCAACCUUUUUGCGAUCCAUUUGCUUUGUGUCUCAGCUUCUAAAUUCCCUUCUCUCCCAAAUCCCCAUUUGCUCUCUACCCUUCUAAUCUUUUGUUCUCUUUUGGGGGCUUUCCUUGAACUUUCACCCACAAAAUGAUACCAACAAAGCAUGGAUACGGAUUCUUCAAGUUCCGUGGUGUCCUUACCGUCCUUCAAUCUUAGCACUCUUUCCGCUCUUUGAUAGCCUAAACUGUCCUGCCUUAGAACCCCACAGUUAUUGUUUCUUGCACUCAUCUAACAUUCAUAGGACAAAAUCUAAAAAUCCCACUUCCCCAAAAGUUCAAAUAUCCUUUGCUCUUAUCCCAUUUUUUCCCACUUCAACCUUUUCUAGGAACAACAAACAUUCCACUUUCCUUCCGUCAACUCGUUCGCCCCUCAUCUUCGUGGUCUCUCUAUUUUCUCCUUCUAUCUUCUUUUCCAAAAAGAAAAAGAAAAUCGUAUAUACCAUUCUAAAUGGUUCCUAACAACUACGACUUCUCACGUGCGGUUGUGGAGAUGGCAUGGAUUAUGCUGAGGAUUGACUACUCGAGGCUUUUCUGGCUCCUCUUUGGUGUCUUCUCCUACGAAAACCACGAGGGAAAGCCGCGGAUUUAGAGCACGUUUACUUUCAUCAAAGUCCAAUACUCCUAAUUUAUCUUAAUUAGUCUUAAUUCCUUGAAGCCUGGGAAUUUUAAUUCCCGCCAUAGUUUAGCUGGCAAGCCAGGCACAUGCAGUGCUUGUACAACGAGGUUGGCGGCCCAAACAUGUAUCGGAAGCAUUUUGGAGAACGCACCCACGAUGCCAAAUCGGAAAAUGGAUACGUUGAAACCGAUCCCACUGGUCGUUACAGCAGAUUUGAUGAAGUUCUUGGAAAAGGAGCGAUGAAGAAAGUGUACAAGGCAAUUGAUGAGGACCUUGGGAUUGAGGUGGCAUGGAACCAAGUAAAAUUGAACGACGUGCUUCGCUCACCAGAGGAUUUGCAGCGGCUGUAUUCAGAGGUUCACCUCCUCAGCACCCUUAAUCAUGACUCCAUCAUUCGAUUCCACACAUCCUGGAUUGAUGUUGAUCGCAAGACAUUCAACUUCAUUACCGAAAUGUUUACCUCAGGGUCACUCAGAGAAUACACGAAGAAAUAUAAGAAAGUAAACAUUCAAGCCAUUAAGAGCUGGGCCCGCCAAAUCUUACAGGGCCUUGUUUAUCUUCAUGACCACGAUCCUCCAGUAAUUCAUAGAGAUCUUAAGUGUGAUAACAUCUUUGUCAAUGGCCAUCUUGGACAAGUCAAAAUUGGUGAUCUAGGACUUGCAACAAUUCUUCAUGGUUCCCGAUCUGCCCACAGUGUUAUAGGCACCCCAGAGUUCAUGGCACCAGAAUUAUAUGAGGAAGAUUACAAUGAGCUCGUUGACGUAUACUCAUUUGGUUUGUGUGUGUUGGAGAUGCUCACAUCCGAAUACCCAUAUAGCGAAUGUUCCAACCCUGCACAAAUCUACAAGAAAGUGACAUCGGGGAAGCUGCCUGGAGCAUUCUACCGGAUUGAUAACUUGGAAGCACAGAUAUUCAUCGGAAAAUGCUUAGUAACUGCUUCAGAGAGAUUAUCAGCAAAAGAAUUAUUGCUCGACCCUUUUCUCAAACCUGAUGAAGGUGAACAACUGCCUAUGACAAAUCUUGGAAGUCAGAAGCCAUUUUUAAAUAAAGGAAAAAUAGAGAAACUACAAUCAAGCAAUGUUCCACACAGGACCAACAUGACAAUCACAGGGAAGCUCAAUCCGGAUGAUGAUACCAUCUUUCUCAAAGUGCAGAUUGCUGAUAAGGAUGGCUGUACGAGGAACAUAUACUUUCCUUUCAACAUUGUAACUGAUACUCCUGUUGAUGUUGGUAAGGAGAUGGUGAAGGAAUUGGAGAUUGCCGAUUGGGACCCAUUUGAAAUUGCGGAUAUGAUAGAAGGAGAGAUUUCUGCUUUAAUACCACAUUGGAAAAAAUGGGACCUGUCUCAUCCUGAAAACUACCAUAUAUUUAACUACCAGGAUGAUGAUGGUGAUGAUGGGGGACCUUGCCACCCUUUUUACUCUUUCUCUUCUUGUUCAUCAUCCGAAGCAUUGCCAUCAGGCUUGAAUAGGAUUGAUGAAGUGGCAGAACAGUGUGGUUGGCUUCAAGAUAAUUUGCUUGAUGAUUCCAGCUCUCAGAGCUCUUCACACUCAGUAGCAUAUUCGAACAUAGAUUACUUCUCUGGCAGUGAGCAUGAGCAGAGCACAAGUCCGGCAAGAGGAGAUCAUCAACAUACCAUCAUAAAGAAUAUCAAAAGUACCAGAUUCUGUCCUGGGGAAGUCCAUAAAUCACCACCGUCCAUGGCUAGUAAUUUCUGCAUGCAAUGCAGGGUUUUACCAGGAUCACAUGGAGCUUCUACUUCUAAAGGAAAAGUGAUGGUGGACAACCGAAGAUUAACGAGAAACAGGUCACUGGUAGAUAUACGUAGCCAAUUGCUGCACAGAUCAUUGGUGGAGGAGGUGAACAAGCGGCGGUUGUUUAAGACAGUCGGAGCAGUGGAAAAUAUCGGGUUUCAAGCACCAUGUGAAGUUUCUAAAAAGGAGCUGUCACGGCCAUCAAAGCAGAAGAAUUUGAAAAUGCUAAUCUGAUGAGAAGAACGAUAAAUUUGAACAUGAUGAUCAGUAUAUUGGACCCCAUUAAUUGUGGUUUACGAUGGUCCAAAAAUGGGGUACUUCAAGGCUAUAUAUAUAUGUGUGUGUUUUGUAAAAUAAUUCUGUAAAUAUGUCUACAUAAGAGUGUGCUGUUUGAGAAUAAAUCCCUGUUUGAAACUGGGGCAUGAAUUGCUUCUCUUUUCUGGUCCCUACAGUGUAACAAAAAAGAAAGUCGAGGGGGGAAGAAAAAGAAAGGAAAAGUGUUUCCUUUGUUUUCCUGAAUAAUUAAUCAGGACCAAUGUGUACGUUUUUCUUUGGAAUAAAACAAAAGGUGAGAAUGCCUUGUCACUC